CAGAGUUUCAGCUAAAAGUAUUUCUGUCCCAACACAAGUAUGGAGUCUUUGCUCAAGUCCCAGAUGAAACUUGUACUUUUAGCAGCAUGGCUUUCCAGUGUUAUGGACCCAUGCAGAUUUUCUGACAUUUGUGAUACAUGCCAUCGACUUGCCUCGUGUAAAGCCCUGAAUGGAUCCAAUAAUGCCUGCUAUUGCAACCGUGGAUAUACUGGUGAUGGGACCACCUUUUGUAAUGAUGACAAUGAAUGCCAAAAUGUCACUAAUAUCUGUGGAAACAACAGCAACUGUACCAAUACAGAGGGCAGCUACUACUGCACCUGUGCCCCAGGAUACACUUCAACCGGCCUGAAGGAAUUUCAACCAAAUGAUGGGACAGAAUGCACUGAUAUUGAUGAAUGCAAGAACGGCCAAAUCUGUGGACCAUUCUCACAUUGCCACAACACAAAUGGAUCUUUAUUUUGCACCUGCCAAAGAGAUUACAUUUCUACUUCAGGCACUAAGCGGUUUCAUCCAGAGAAUGGGAUAAUAUGUCAAGAGCAUCCCAAGAAAAAUUGUCAUGACAACGUUGUGUGCAUAACACAAAGUGUCAACAGAACACUUGAAUAUAUCAGAAAUCUUACAGAUCUUCAGAGCCUGCUGGUGGAGAUUGAAAAACAGACGUCAGGAGAGCUGACGUCGGUGGAUGUGAUCUCCUAUGUGGAGGCCCUCUCUCAAUCGGCCUCGCUGAUGAGCUCUGGGGAGAAAAAUCUAACCGUCAAACCAGCCGUGACCAAAGCAAUUCUCAGAACAUUUUUAAAUGUGGUGAACAAUUUGGUUGAGAAGGAUGAGUUGGUGGCCUGGAACAGAAUCAAAAAGGAGCACCGGGACUACACCAUAACCAAACUCUUACACACAGUGGAGGAGAGUACCCUGACACUGGCCAGGAAAUAUAAAGCGACUACUGAGAUUGAGAUCAAAGAGAGUGAAAUGGAAAUUAAACUCUACACUUUUGAUGUCCAGCAAACAAAGAAAACCGAGCUCUCUGUCUCCAUGGGAGGAGAUCGUAUCAGUUUAAAUCCAAAAAGGCAGGAGGGAAACAAAAAUGGAAGUGUGUCCAUAGUUUUCCUGCGGUAUGACAGUGUCGGUGGCAUCCUGAAACCAAACACUGACCCUGGUGUUACAGACUACACGCGCUACGCAGAAACAGGGGAAAUCGUUGUGAACUCUCAGGUGAUAGCGGCCGCCAUCAAACCUGCUGACAUGUACCAGCUGGACCAUGUGACCUUCACUCUCAGACACACAGAGCCUAUUGACACCAAAGAUGAUGUAACCAAAUGUGCCUUCUGGGAGUACGAUCCGUCCAGCAUGCAGGGCCAUUGGGCCACACAGGGCUGUGAGCAAACCCACGUCAACAGCACCACCACCACAUGCUCCUGCAAUCACCUCACACACUUCGCCAUUCUUAUGUCUUCUGGACGGGCCAACAUGGCGGCCCACUACAACAUUCUGACCAGGAUCACUCAGCUGGGAAUGAUCAUCUCCAUCAUCUGCCUGUCCAUGUGCAUCUUCACCUUCUGGUUCUUCAGUGAGAUACAGAGUACCAGAACCACCAUUCACAAGAACCUGUGCUGCAGCCUCUUCAUGGCUGAGUUCAUCUUUCUGGUCGGGAUCAAUAUGAACACCCAUAAACUAUUCUGCUCCAUCAUUGCUGGGCUUCUCCAUUAUUUCUUCUUAGCGGCUUUUGCCUGGAUGUGCAUUGAGGGGAUCCAUCUGUACCUUAUAGUGGUUGGUGUCAUCUAUAACAAAGGAUUCCUGCAUCGCAACUUUUACAUCUUUGGAUAUGGAAGCCCUGCAGUGGUGGUGGCCAUUUCGGCUACACUUGGCUCCAAGUAUUAUGGUACCAAUAAAGUGUGUUGGCUGAGCACAGAAAAUAACUUUAUUUGGAGUUUCAUUGGGCCUGCGUGUUUGAUUAUCCUGGUCAAUCUCCUGGCUUUUGGAGUGAUCAUUUACAAAGUGUACCGACACACUGCUGUGAAGAAGCCCGAGAUUAGCCACUACGAAAACAUAAGGUCCUGUGCUCGUGGUGCCCUUGCCCUUCUGUUUGUCCUGGGCGCCACCUGGACAUUUGGUGUGUUGCACAUCCUCAACGAGACCACUCUCACAGCCUAUCUCUUCACCAUUGCCAACGCUUUCCAAGGGAUGUUCAUCUUCAUCUUCCUCUGUGUGUUGUCCAGAAAGAUCCAAGAGGAGUACUACCGGCUGUUCAAAAAUGUGCCAUGUUGUUUUGAGUGCCUGAGAUGAACAAGGCUGCGAAAUCCAGAGGGCCCAUCAUCAGCAAAUGUUACUGGGGACUCUGGAGUAUUUUUUUAAAGUAGAGUACAGCACUGCAAUAUCUUUAGAUUUUAGUCAUUUAGCAGACGCUCUUAUCCAGAGCGACUUACAGUUAGUGAGUGCAUACAUUUUCAUACUGG